UCCCUCCCACAUCUUUGUAACAAUAAUGAUAACUUUAUGAUUUAUAUAUACUCUUUUCUUAUUGAAUUAUUUAUAAUAUAGUUUGAAAUGGCAAUAGAUGCUACUAAAUUAGUAGUGUUUCCUAAGAAGGCCUUUGGAUGGGCAGCUAGAGACUCUUCUGGUGUUCUAUCCCCUUUCCAUUUCUUUAGAAGGGAAACGGGUGAGAAAGAUGUAGCAUUCAAGGUGUUAUAUUGUGGGAUAUGUCACUCUGACCUUCACAUUAUGCAGAAUGAAUGGGGCAAAACCACCUAUCCAUUAGUCCCGGGGCACGAACUUACGGGUGUAGUAACAGAGGUGGGAAGCAAAGUAAAAAAGUUUAAAGUUGGAGACAAAGUAGGGGUGGGAUACAUGGUUGAUUCAUGUCGUUCUUGCGAAAAUUGUGCCGACGAUAUUGAGAAUUACUGCACCAAAUAUACUCAAACAUUCAAUGGUAAGUCUCGUGAUGGCACUAUCACCUAUGGAGGUUUCUCCGACUCAAUGGUUGCAGACGAGCACUUUGUGAUUCGCAUUCCUGAUAGCUUACCUCUUGAUGGUGCCGGUCCUCUUCUUUGCGCUGGAGUCACAGUGUAUAGUCCUCUUCGACAUUUUGGACUCGACAAGCCUGGUAUGAAUAUAGGAGUUGUUGGUCUUGGUGGACUUGGUCAUAUGGCUGUGAAAUUUGCUAAAGCUUUUGGUGCUAAAGUGACCGUAAUUAGUACGUCGCCUAAAAAGGAAAAGGAAGCAAUAGAACACUUAGGAGCAGACUCGUUUCUAGUAAGCCGCGAUCCAGAACAGAUGCAGGCUGCAACGAGUACUUUGAAUGGCAUUAUUGACACAGUUUCGGCGAGUCAUCCUGUUGUACCAUUGAUUGGUUUAUUGAAAUCUAAUGGAAAGCUGGUAAUGGUUGGUGCAGUAGCAAAGCCUCUAGAACUUCCUAUAUUUUCUUUACUUGGAGGGAGAAAGUCAAUAGCUGGAAGUUUAAUUGGAGGGAUAAAAGAGACUCAAGAAAUGAUUGAUUUUGCUGCUAAACACAAUGUAACGCCUGAGAUUGAGGUUGUUCCUAUUGAUUAUGUCAACACCGCAAUGGAGCGUCUUGUUAAAGGAGAUGUCAAAUAUCGAUUCGUGAUUGAUAUUGGAAAUUCACUAAAACCAAGCCCUUAAACAUUGCAGGAUAUAUAUUCUCAGAAUGAUUCAUAGAUAAACAAAUAAUAAUAAAAACGUAUAGUUUAAGUGUAUCACGCACUUGCCAAUGGUAUUUUAGAUUUCCCUCUGUUGUAUUUGUGUGAUGUAAUUUUCUAGUGCAUAAAAAAAAAAUAAGCAUCGAGUGCAUUAUGAUAAAAAUCUAUGUUUUGUACUUAUGGUGAAUCAUGUUAUUUUUAACAAAAAUUUGUUUGCAUCCUAAA